AUCUUCAGGAGUAUGUGACUUUUAUUGUCCCUGUUUUUGGUAGGAAUGUGAAAACCAAAAACAAUAGGUGCUAAGUGAAACAUACCUUGAUGUCAAUUACAGGUGUGAAGUGGUAGGUAUUGCAGGUCAGGUCACUGGACCAGGACACUGACUUGGAAGGUUUUCACACUAAGUGCUGUAAUGGACGACAUAACCACUUAGUGACUGCCAUCCAUGGAUGACUUGACUAUAGCUAUGUGUGUCUGUUGGGAAUGUCACUGUGAGGCAGACAGGGACUGUCCAGCACCGGAUGAGGUCUGCUGGGAUUUACUCUCCUCACAAGUGGGGGGGAUGUUGAUGUGAGGAGCACAUAAAAUCUCUCCACCAGAGAUCCUCCUUGUCCAUACAGCUCACUCUGCAGGUGGGGAAGAAGCUUAUAAUCACUGAUUGGGAUAGACAGGUUUUAUCUGAAAUAGCUGAUAAUGUCAACCUGGAAGCAGAAGAACUUGACCAGAGGGAAAAGAAACCACACGCAGGAUGCCCUAGAGAAGAAGGUGGAAGAGCUGACACGGCAGCUGGCUGAAGAGAAACAGUCAUCACGUCGUUCUGUCGCCAAACUACAGCGGGAAGUAGCCAGACUGAAGAGUGAGCGCAACUAUGCACAGCGCGGGGAGUCACGGGAGGGGCUGAUGAAGGAGCUGGAGAGGGAGAGGAUGCUGCGCGUGGAUGCUGAGCAGCGACUCCUGGAGAUGAGGGUGGAGAGUGACUCAUGCCGUUCCCGCCUCCAGGCUCUGCAGGAGGAGUUCAAGAAGAUGGAGGAGAUGGUGAGGAACAUGCUGCAGUACAAGAGCAAGAUUGAUCAGCUGAAGCAGGAGAAGUCCAACCUCUCCAUCACAUAUGAGACAAACCUGCAGAAGUACAGCUCCCACAUCAGCACCCUGGAGCGGGAAAACAUGGUGCUGCUUAACGAGGUGAAGAAACUGGAGGCGCAGCUGUCAGGCAAGGGAGAUGACCAGGACAAGUCAAAGCUGCUGCUGCAGAGACUCAAGAUGUUGGAGGCAGAAAACUCAGCCCUGGUGCUGGAGAAUGAACAACAACGACACCAGUAUGAGAAGUGUCUUGAUGAGAUAGCAAACCAGGUUGUUCAAGCUCUUCUGGCACAGAAGACUCUGCGGGAAGAGUGUAUGAAGCUGCAGGGACGUGUUCAGGACCUGGAGCUGCAGAACAGGCAGCUGAAUGUCAUGUUCCAGCAGAAGAUACGAUGUGCCUCUGACUCCAUGGUGCAGCAGUCUGUGCCACCUCGCAAGCAUCUUGCUCCAGCACAGGUUGGUGAGGCAACCAAGUCUAACACCUCCCCUGUCAGUAUAACAGCCAUAGUACACCCGCAGUCUCACCAGCCCCGGCACAUCCCACACACAGCCCUCCCUCAAGCAGCAGCAGUAGCAGGAGCAGGAGCACAAGCUGGGGGCAAAGGGGAGGCAACCCCACCAACACUAGACAGAUCCACGGGUUCACUUCAGAGCAUGUGUAGUGAAUAUAUGUUUGAUGAUAGUCCUGGUAUGCCGCAGAUGAGCUCACCUCCCCCUUGGCUUAGAGAUAAGUUGGACCUGCCCUUGACAGAUGAAAGUCGACCUAGCUCCUCUGACAACAGUCCUGUGACACCCCCAACCCCUCCCCACACAGACUCCAUUGCCAAGGCCAGCAGCAGCCCAGCAUUACAGACAAAGAUAGAAACAGAAUUCCCUGUCAAUAAUUCUAGUCCAAAGGUGAAACGUGUUACUGGACUUGAAAGAGGUUGUCAGUCUCUAGAUAGGAUUGGUGUUGCUAGAAAAUCACCUAGUAUCAAAAACACCACUCGUCCUCAUCGUAAACCUAAAAGUUUAGGGAAAAAGUCAUCCAGUGAGAAGAAUGUAACUGCUGAGGUUGUUGCUGACAAAGCACAAGUUCUGCCUCCUCCAUCUCCACGGACCAAGUCAAGAAUACCUAGCAGGGUUCCAACACUUACAGCCAGUCAGGGAGCUCGGAAAGGGUCUGGUGACCACACACCCGAGCAGAAAGGGCAAGGACCAAAACACAGUACACCUCAAAGUUUCCAUGAUCUCAUGUCACAGAGAAAGAAAGCACUCUCCCGGGAUAAUUCUCCUAAAUCUGUGAAUACAUCGAGACAAUCCAGUGACUCUCCCCGACACACGCUGCCAUUUCGCAGUCAGUACUAUUAUGACUACAGUGAUGAAGAUAGUGACUCCCGACCAGUGUCUAGAGACUCUAGCACAGCCUCCACUGUCUCACUCAAUGAUCUCUUGGAUAGUAGUUUAGACAUGGACAACCCUCUCGACGAGGACUUCCUUUCUGACUGGUCUCCCAAUUGUCUGUCACCAAAUAGCCUCAACACACCUGCCUCAGGCCCAAGUCAGAUUCCCGUUAUGACAAAGGGGAUGUUCUACCACUAUGCCAAUCGAACACAGUCUUCACCUAAAACUGUUAAGUCAAGACCGUAUACUGAUAUUAUCGUGAAAGAUGGCUCAGCCACUGUGGUGAAAAGUGAAGAUGGGCUGAGUGGGUGUAAACCUCUCAGACCAGAUAACCUUAUUCUUGUGCCAAGAGAAAAACAGUUUUCUUGUGGAUUCAGUUCAUCCAGUUCUUCAAGUACUGAGGAAAAUAAGUCUUUGAUCAACAGUGUUAAACGUAACCUCAGUACUGAUGCCAAGAAGCAAAUUACCGAGCAGAACUCAGAGAAAGGAGGUAACCCUCAAAAAGUUGAAAAACCUGACAGUACAGUCAGAAAGUAUCCAGCAGGUGUUGCUGGAGAUAACAAGAACUGUAUUGUUGCCAAUGUUUCUCUUGUUGUGAGUCCACCUGGGAAAUGUAAAAAAUCACCACCACCUGUGCCACAAAAACCUCCAAGGUUACGUAAAUUGUCCAGUGAAGGUCAGUGUCAAGGUCGCACAGACAAGAAGGGCAGUGGGCUCAUAAUGGACAAAGAUGGAAUGCCAUUUCUCAGUGAAAAUUUGACUGUUGAAAAACAGAAAGAUCUUGCUGCAUUUCUUGUUCAGGAUGUAAUUGAACGUGUGAAAAGCAGAGAAGUUCUGGCAUACCAUCAAAAGGCUCCAUCUUCUGAUUCUAGUUUCGAAAGUGUCCGUGUAGAACGCUCUGGGAGUAAAGAUGAUGGAUAUUCCACUAUGUCAAGUGACAUUCAACCAGAGAUUUUAGAAAAGUUCAGUGAUGCUGCAACUCCAAAAGUUGAAAUUCUAAUUAAAUGUGAACAGGUAAAUGAGAGUGACAUUAGUUCCACAGCAGAAAGCAGUACAAUAAAGACAAAGGAUGCAUUCACUGAUGUGAUGAGUGAUCAUGACUCUGCCAUGGAGACAUCUACACACAGCAUGGAGCUGCGGAACUCCAACCAGAGUCUGUCCUCACAGGUGUCCUCCUCCAGCUGCGAGAGUGCUGUCAGUCCUGUCCUUAAGGUCAAUGACAUGAAAAAGUUUUUCGAGGAGGAGGCAAAGAAACUUAAAGGUGCUAAACAGCUAGACUCUUCAAGGUCACCAAUCAUAUCCCCCAAGAGUCCAAAGAAACGCUGGCCAUUUGAUAAAGACAAACAUGCCAAAAGCCCUAAUUCCUCCAAAUCUAUGCAACAGGCUCUGGAAGUAAAUAGCUCUGUAACAGCUAAAGAUCCUGCUCAGGAUGAUGGUUCAGUUCCAGCAGCUGAUAUCAUCUUCCAGAACUUCACCAGUGUGAAGGACAACUCUAUCUGUGACCAUGCCUUGUCACUGCACAUCAGUGAAGAUAAAUUGUUGGAGGAUAUACCAGAGGAUGAUGAGUGGGAAGCUAUACACAACAAAACUGUGCAAGAAAGUGUUGCCAUGCAAAAGAAUACCCUCAAGUCACACCUCCAAAAUUCCCAUGAGAACAUGCCUAGCAAACCUCAAUCUUUCACUCAAAAACUUCCAUGUUUACCAACAUUAGAUUCCACAAAGAAUACAUCGACCAAACCUUCUUCAUUGUGCCUUGCCAAGGCUAAGUCAGACUCCAAUCUGUCAAAUGCUGGCCAGAGUAAAUCUACCUCCCUGUAUGAAGACUUCACACAAGGAACCUGGGACAGUGGGAAAGUUCCAGAACGUUCAGCAUCAGUCUCAGAGAUGGACUUCCAGCCAGCGCCAUCUGCUGGCAGCAACUGUGAUUACAAACGCCAAGUUGUACUAAUUGACAUCGAUGAAACCUCCGUCCUAUACAGGGUACAUGACAUAGUCAAGGAUCACUGUCAGUCAAAGAUGUCUCCUGCCCUGGUGUCAGACUCAGACAGUGACUCUGAGGCUCAGAUCAACUUUAUUGAAUUACUGAAACAGAAAAGUGAACGCCCCUUCACACUGCCUCCUUGGACCCCAAAACACACAAUGGAUGAGUUAAAGAAGAGCUCUACCCCUUCACCAGUGUCAGUGAAGAAGUUUGAUUCUUCUAACCCAGAAGAUUGGAUACUGAAGUUCAGCAAAGAUGAAAUUGAAAAGCAUAUUAAUGGAGCCUCCUCACAAAAUGGCUCUGCAGAGGAUGUCUGUCUCGACAAUAUCGGUAGCAAUCUUUCAUCGGCAGAUGCCAAUGUUUCGAACAGUUCGACAGUCGCUCAGGAUGGGUCUUUCUCUGCCCCUGAGCCAGCUAAUGGUACACAUGAGGGGGCAUCUAUUGAGGACAGUCCACGAUCACCACCGUCAGAAGAGCAGACAAAAUUCAACAGCAAUUUCUACAGUCUGUGCAACAUGGGUUCCAACAGAAGCCUCUUCUCCAAUGGGAGUCAUGAUCAGGGGAUUAACAAACUUUGUCCACCUGAACUAGAAAGACCAAGACUUAGAAAAACUGUUGGAGAAGAGAAUAUUGAGUCAAGGGAGUUUGAAGAAAUAUCUAAGCAAAUUGCCAACCUUUCCAAAACUGUGAAUGAUUUGCAUAAAAGUUUAUCAAGUUUGAACUCAGCUGAUUCUGGUUCCACCAAUGAGCUUCCAGGAUGUCCUCCUCCAGCCAAUCAAACCACUGCUCAGCCUGCAGCUGCUCUGGAUGGCUACCACUGGGUGGAUGAUGAGUUCUACAUGGCAUCAUGUGGAGGAGAGGUCAUCAUAGGGAGCACAGAAUUACUAGCUGAGGAGUCUACAAACUGGAUGGAUGACUUUGAGGACAAUGAUGGUGCUAGAUGUGACCUGGAUACUAACUGUGAGAUUCGUGAGGAGGAAUUCUAUGAAAUUCAGGUCAAUGGGACGUCAUACACAGACCUCCCAGGUUACACAUACUCUGAGAAUGGGGCUGCCAGUACCAGAGUCUACCAGGGCAAUAAGUCUCGCAAUGAGGAUCAGAACAGGCCUCCAAGGAGGCAGCUUUCUGACAGCCACAUGGCUGAUCCUGAGAAACGUGCCGACAUCCUAGACUCCAUGCUUGCAUCAGGUGGGGAGAGUAAUGACAGCCUCGCCAGUGACAUCGGUCUGGACCAUAUGAUGUGUCAACGCCUCAUUGGCCGCAGGAGACAAGCUCGCCAUGAAGUAAUGAGGUACCCAUCAACCCACCGCCCUCCUCUUGACUUUUCCAAGUUCUUCAUCAGAUAUGGAGACCCUGAGCGUCAGGCUGUGGCUGCUUUCGAUUUUCUUGAGGACCUUUCUACUUCUAAUUCUGAAUCUGGAUCUCUUCCAAAGCUAAUAGCGCUGGACAAUGUUGAAGGCAACGAUGAAAGUAGUGAACAUAGUCGCAGACACCGAGGUCAUCAGAUGAAUAUGAACAAUGGUCAUGGACAAUCUCUGGAAGGUCACAGAUUAGAAAACCAACGUAUAAUUACAACCUCAUCAGGAAGGGUGAGACGGGUGGACAAGAAUAAGCGGAAGAAAAGGGGAGAUGCUAUGAAAGCACGAAAGCAGAGAGAGAACAAUUCCCGUAUUGGCAUGGGACAAGCCUGUAGAGCAGACUCUCCCCAGCUGCAGGACUCCUCUGAUGCAGCUGUCAGUGCAGGCAACCUCUCACUGAGUGACUCGUGCUGUGAGGGCUUCUCCAACCAAUGACCUGACUAUGUUGUGAACCAUGGCCUGCCCAGUGGGGGUACACAGUCAGGGAUCCUUAUCUUCCACAUGCAUUCACACUCUUUUGGUGCAAGGAUGUUAUAUAGAUGACAUAUAUACACAAGUGUUUGCAAGUGUGUACUGAGUGAGAGGAUAGUUGUAUAGCCAGGGGUAUAGGAUAGGUCUCUCUAUGUAGACAUGACAUCUUAAAUUCUGCCAAUAUCGUAUCUUCCAUUUCUCUGAAGAUAUAUUUAUGUUCCAUUAUUGAAAGUAUGGAAUAACAAUAAUACAAUGAAAUACACUACUGUCCCAUUGGCAGCUUGCAAUCAUCUAUAUAUAGGGACUAAUUAUUGACUAUUUUGUGGUUGUAAUGUUCUAGUGAGAUAUUUUUCUUAGUCUUAGAUUGAAUUUAUGAGUAAACUAAGGUUAGUGACAGAAGGACUUCAAGUCUUAUGUUGUCAGUAUUUGUCACCAAAUUCACACAGAUGCAGACUUAACUGGCUUCUAUUUUACUUGCCAUUUAAAUAUCUUUGAGUCACCAGAGCUUAUCAGGUGCAUACGGGUGCAUACUGGAUCUACUGGGACAAGCUGUACAUAUCUAUAUACACAUGCAAUUUCACCUGCUAUAUCUGGUUGCACAAGUGGCCCCUGCUGCUCAUGUAAUGGUAGAACACACUCCUCAAACAUGCAUCAGUCACUUGCAUCAUUACAGCAUUAAGUACCUGGUACAUUCACUGUUGGAUUUCAUCCAUCAAUCACUUACCAAUUCUCAGUGUUUAAUCAUAUGACAAUAGGGCAUGCAACAUUCAGACGGACUGCUAUACCUGUCUACAACUGCUGUGGUGUAUGGGGACCACUGUAUGCCUCACCUGUAUUUCAGUCACUGUGGAUGUUAAAAACAAACAUCUACAUGUAGCGUCUACCUCAGCUCUUCAAGCUCAUUUGAUCAAUGUUCAAAGGUUCCAUUGAUGGGACAAAAGUAGAAACAAACUUUUAUGUUCAGUAACAUCUAAACCUUACCAAUCAGCUUCUAAGAAUAUGUUCUUAAGACAGUUUAUAAUUGAUUUUGUGCCACGUUGAUCAUUGACUCUAGUGCCUGUGGUUAAAAUGUGCCAUUACCCAAGUGAGGAUACUCCAGUGUGAAGUACAAGAUUCACUUGUUUUGUCGCCUCAGUAGCUCUGCCUUUUUCAUCAGCCUGUUGUUUUAAUACUGGCUGAUUAUGUCUGCAAAUAGGAAUCUGGCUGUUAUUUGUGCUCUGUGUUGGUGAAAAUCUGUGAUUUUACAUUUAAACUUCAAGUUAUUGCUACAGUUUUGUAGUGAUCCUAUUGUAAGUGCUAUUUAUUCACACCAUGCUUUAAUGAUUGUUGAAUUUGUAAUUUGCUUAUUGUAUUGAGGUGGAAAGUUGACUUUGCACAUUCUUACAUUUCGUGGUGUUGAUUUUGCCACGAGAAUGAACCCAGAUGUAAUAUAUUUCUUCUAAGUAAUUAUUAUACCAUCUCUUUCUGUGUUGUUGAUUGAGAAAUUCUAUCAACAAUCAGGUCAGUGAGAAGAGAACUGAACAUGAUGGAAAAUGUAAUUAUCUCCCUUGAUACAGGAUUUUAAGAAGUUGUUAUUUUAAUGCUAUUCUGAAUGGUUAUCAGAAUUGUUUUAGUGAGAAAUCCUUAAUGUGUCUUAAUUAACUUAUUCACUGGAAUGGAUAUACACCAAGUAGCUGUAAGUUUUACAAUGGGGCCUACAUCCUUUGACGCAUCAUCUGCAGUAUUUCACAAGAAUUGUUCAUUUUUAAGGACAUCAAAUCUACCCAGUUUGAGAAUUUUUAUAAACUAUUUACCUAGUGCCUCGUGAGUUUCAAAGCAGGUGCUGAUGACUGCGAGACAUUCUUGCCAAUACUCUUAUACACUAUGCAGACGAUGCCAUGCCAACAAGCAAUAGCAGCCUGAAGACCACGCCUACUUCGUUGUCAUUUUAUCUCCACCGCUAUACAUAUCUCUACUCCUCACCGUUGCAGUGGCAUUGAGACCCCAGUACAAGUAACUUUGUAAGGACUACCUAAAUCUGCUGAUUCUUCUUCCUGUUGGUCACAUUGACCUCCAUGUUGUCAUUGCAGGUUCAUCAUCAUACAUUUUGUUAUCACUACCCAUUGUGGGACUGUAUAGUAUAUGUAUAGUGUAUGGGAUUUUACUGUCUGUGUGUAGCUUAACCAAACAGGUUUGUUCUGUUCCACUCCUGGCAUGUGUUUUAAGGCUGUUCUUCAGUAGCUGUAUGUUAACUGGUAUGGUAUUGCCAUCAUCCAUGAACUCUCUACAAACUCAUAAGUUCAGUACGUGGGAUAUGCUUUACAUGUUUUAAAAUGUUUCAUGUUGCUACUGAUAAGAAUUGAAGGAAUGGUAUUUUGUAAUAACAUUAUAUAUUUCAUCAGUCUCUUACCUCACCAAUUCCAUGUUAAGUGAUUGGCUUUGCAACAACUUCAUCUUUUCUACUUGAAAGAAAUCUUUUGAUCUCAUGUGUAAAUAGCAAUAUUGCAGGUUUGAUUUGCCUACUUUUAUGCAGAUGUGUGUUGAGCAAUGACAAUGGAAAGGCUUCCCACUGUUGGAUGUUAGUGUCUUCAGAGUGAAUCAGUUUUUAUACAAGCCUGAAUGUAAGCAAUGAUACUAGGUGUAUGGAUCAGAGAGUAGUGUUUCAUAGGAGUACUAUAUAUUUAAUAUAUGUCACACUUUUCACAGGAGUGAUUUCAAAUUCAUUGUAUUUUAUGUAUGCGGUUGUUGACAUGAGAAUCGGAUAUUUUGUUCACAAGUUUAUGAAAGAUUUUUUUCUAAAGAGGAAGCAUAUUUAAUAUAAUCUUGUAUUCACUGAUAUCAGUGGACGUUUCGUAUCUAUUUACAGAUUAUUUAUAGCCACUAGAUUUGAAACUUAUGAGCAAAACUUAAGUAAGUCACAUGAGUAUGUACUUUUUCAUACCAAUAAUAAACUACUAUAUCUAGAUGCAA